UAUGACACUUCGACAAACUCCGCUCACCGCUUUAGGAUCCCAUUAGACCUCACUGCCGUGCCUGUGAUUGAAAGCUUCCUGGGGCGGGAAGCUGAGCUAGACCGUCUAUGGCAAUAUUUACAGCCGAAAAAUGCCCAGUCACGAAAAGUCGCGAUUCUCCAUGGGCUUGGGGGCAUAGGAAAAACACAGCUCGCGAUUCGUUUUGCGCGAGACCACAAAGAUGAUUUCACUGCUAUAUUCUGGUUGAAUGGCAAGGAUCGAAGUACACUUUUGCAAUCUCUUAGCUUAGUCUUGCCUCGAUUACCUGGACAGUCCCAGGAAAACAAGGUGAUCGAUGACGAGAAGCUGGAGCAACGAGCUAAGCAUGUGCUAAAGUGGCUAGCGAAAUACGGCAACUCACGCUGGCUACUGAUUCUGGACAACAUCGAUCAAUACUCUUCUGUCAACAGCGGUAUUGGUGAUAAAUAUGAUAUUAGAGCAUUCUUCCCUUCAGCAGAUCACGGCUCUAUCAUUAUUACUUCUCGGCUCUCUGGCUUGACUGAGCUGGGAAAGUCCUUUCCAAUCUGCAAGCUUGACAGAGCGGAGGCAAUUCAACUACUCUUGCAGAAUAGUGGUUUAUCAGCAAUCACCACUGCAGAUCUCGAAGACAGUCCAGACACCCUUGCCCUUGCCAGUCGUCUUGACGGACUGCCAUUAGCGAUUAUUAUCGCGGCGGCAUUCAUGCGUCAAACCGGAACCAGCAUCAGCGAGUACUUACAAUAUUACGAAGAUUCUUGGUCUGAUUUACAAUCUCAAUCACGUACUGGGCUUCAAUACCAGCAGGGUAAUAUGCUACAAACAUGGAUGAUCUCAUAUCGUGAGAUUCAGAAGCGAGAUCUAAAUGCAGCAGAGUUAUUACUACUACUUGCAUGCUUUGAUAAUCGGGAUAUUUGGUAUCAGUUAUUGAAAGGCGCUGACAAUAGCUCAAAUAUCCCCACCUGGCUUAAAAAUACUAUAUCAAGCGGACUAGUGUUUAAGACUAGUGUGAAGACUCUUAUCACAUUCUCCCUCCUUGAAACGAAGCUGCUGGAGGGAAGUUAUGCAAUACAUCCUGUGGUACAGGACUGGUGCCAUCACAUUACCUAUACGGAUAAAAAAGUGAAUUCUAUCCAGCUUUAUGAGCUGGCACUGAUUUCUGUUGGAUACACUAUCCCUAGUGUAAGUGACAGAAAUUAUUCAGAGCUCCAACGACGGCUUCUCCCACAUGCGAAUCUUGUACGCCAUAGGAAACUAACCGAAAAUAAUGUUUCGAUAUGGGGAGCAUUUAAUAACUUGGGGAAUCUUUACUCUGAUCAGGGCAGGCUCAGAGAGGCCAAAGAGAUGUACCAGCGAGCACUAGCAGGUAGGGAGAAGGCCCUAGGUCCAGAUCAUACGUCUACUCUCAGUACUGUGAACAACCUUGGGGUUCUUUACUCUAAUCAGGGCAGGCUCAAAGAGGCUGAGGAGAUGUACCAGCGAGCACUGGCAGGCUAUGAGAAGGCCCUAGGUCCAGAUCAUACGUCUACUCUCAGUACUGUGAGCAACCUUGGGAUUCUUUACUCUGACCAGGGCAGGCUCAAAGAAGCUGAGGAGAUGUACCAGCGAGCACUGGCAGGCAAGGAGAAGGCCCUAGGUCCAGAUCAUACGUCUACUCUCAAUACUAUGAAUAGCCUUGGGAGUCUUUACUCUGAUCAGGGCAAGUUUAAAGAGGCUAAGGAGAUGUACCAGCGAGCACUGGCAGGUAAGGAGAAGGCCCUAGGUCCAGAUCAUACGUCUACUCUCGGUACUGUGAACAACCUUGGGGUUCUUUACUCUGAUCAGGGCAGGCUCAAAGAAGCUGAGGAGAUGUACCAGCGAGCACUGGCAGGCUAUGAGAAGGCCCUAGGUCUAGAUCAUACGUCUACUCUCGAUACUGUGAACAACCUUGGGGUUCUUUACUCUAAUAAGGGCAGGCUCAAAGAGGCUGAGGAGAUGUACCAGCGAGCACUGGCAGGCUAUGAGAAGGCCCUAGGUCCAGAUCAUACGUCUACUCUCGGUACUGUGAGCAACCUUGGGAUUCUCUACAAGAAUCAGGGCAGGCUCAAAGAGGCCAAAGAGAUGUACCAGCGAGAAUUACCAAACAGUCAGGAGGCCGAAAGCCCCAAUGCCAGCAAGGGACGGCGGGUUAUAGAAAAAAUCAAAAGAUGGAUUAAAUAA